CUUCCCGGAGCCCCCCCGCCGCCCAGCAGCCGCUGCAGCGGGGCUGUCGUCUACGCCCGGCGAAGGACGUAGCUCGACAGAGAAGCGCCGGACACUUGGCAAUUAAAUCAUGGCAACCAUAGAAGAAAUUGCACAUCAAAUUAUUGAACAACAGAUGGGAGAGAUUGUUACAGAGCAGCAAACUGGCCAGAAAAUCCAGAUUGUGACAGCACUUGAUCAUAAUACCCAAGGCAAACAGUUCAUUCUGACAAAUCACAGUGGCUCUACUCCAAGCAAAGUCAUUCUGUCCAGGCAAGAUUCUACUCCAGGAAAAGUUUUCCUCACAACCCCAGAUGCAACAGGUGUCAACCAGUUUAUUUUUACAACUCCUGAUUUGUCUGCACAACACCUCCAGCUCUUAACAGACAAUUCUUCCUCCGAACAAGGACCAAAUAAGGUUUUUGAUCUUUGCGUAGUAUGUGGAGACAAAGCAUCAGGGCGUCAUUAUGGAGCGGUAACUUGUGAAGGCUGCAAAGGAUUUUUUAAAAGAAGUAUCCGAAAAAAUUUAGUUUAUUCAUGUCGAGGAUCAAAGGACUGUAUUAUUAAUAAACACCAUCGAAAUCGUUGUCAAUACUGCAGGUUACAAAGAUGUAUUGCGUUUGGAAUGAAACAAGACUCUGUUCAGUGUGAAAGAAAACCCAUUGAAGUAUCAAGAGAAAAAUCUUCCAACUGUGCCGCUUCAACAGAAAAAAUCUACAUUCGAAAAGACCUUCGAAGCCCAUUAGCUGCAACUCCAACUUUUGUAACAGAUAGUGAAACUGCAAGGUCAGCAGGACUGUUAGAUUCAGGAAUGUUUGUGAAUAUUCAUCAAUCUGGCAUAAAAACUGAGUCAACUGUGCUGAUGACACCAGAUAAGGCUGAAUCAUGUCAGGGAGAUUUAAGUACAUUGGCAAGUGUGGUUACAUCAUUAGCAAACCUUGGAAAAACUAAAGAUCUUUCUCAAAAUAGUAAUGAAAUGUCUAUGAUUGAAAGCUUAAGCAAUGGUGAUACCUCUUUGUGUGAAUUUCAUCAAGAAAUGCAGACUAAUGGUGAUGUUUCAAGGGCAUUUGACACUCUUGCAAAAGCAUUGAAUCCUGGAGAGAGCACAGCCUGUCAGAGCUCAGUAGAGGGCAUGGAAGGAAACGUACAUCUAAUUGCUGGAGACUCAAGCAUAAAUUACAUGGAAAAAGAGGGGCCACUUCUCAGCGAUUCACAUGUAGCUUUCAGGCUCACCAUGCCAUCUCCUAUGCCUGAGUACCUGAAUGUGCACUACAUUGGGGAGUCUGCCUCCAGACUGCUGUUCUUAUCAAUGCACUGGGCACUUUCGAUUCCUUCCUUCCAGGCUCUAGGGCAGGAAAACAGUAUAUUAUUGGUGAAAGCCUACUGGAAUGAACUUUUUACUCUUGGUCUUGCCCAGUGCUGGCAAGUGAUGAACGUAGCAGCUAUAUUAGCGACAUUUGUCAAUUGUCUUCACAGUAGCCUUCAACAAGAUAAAAUGUCAACAGAAAGAAGAAAAUUAUUGAUGGAACACAUCUUCAAACUACAGGAGUUUUGUAACAGCAUGGUAAAACUCUGCAUUGAUGGAUAUGAAUAUGCCUACCUGAAGGCAAUAGUACUCUUCAGUCCAGAUCAUCCAGGCCUAGAAAACAUGCAACAGAUUGAGAAAUUUCAGGAAAAGGCUUAUGUGGAAUUCCAAGAUUACAUAACCAAAACAUAUCCAGAUGACACCUACAGGUUGUCCAGACUACUACUCAGAUUGCCAGCUUUGAGGUUGAUGAACGCUACCAUCACCGAAGAAUUGUUUUUCAAAGGUCUCAUUGGCAAUGUACGAAUUGACAGUGUCAUCCCACAUAUUUUAAAAAUGGAACCUGCAGAUUAUAACUCACAAAUAAUUGGUCACAGCAUUUGAAAGCUGAGAUCUCAGUUUAAACUGAUUGUUCUUUCUUACUAGAACACAAGAAGACACCAAAUUGAACUCAUUGCUUCCAGGGCAUCUGGAAGUUUUUACUUUAAAGAGUAACCAAAAACCAAGAUAUUUUUAUCUUCCUUAAGAAGAAUUUUUGAAGUGACUGGGCAGGUAGCAGGAAUUAGAAUUUCCCUUCCUGUCUUAUUUGAGUGAGAAAAAAUGCUAUGAACUUACUCUUGGCUGAAAUGACACCUAGAGCCGUCACCUCUUGACUAAGAUAUCUCCUUUUAUUUUAUAAAACAAAUAAAUAAGUCUCUCUUUUUUUCCCAGAA